UCUAAAUCAGCGCAUGCGCAAUUCAUCCUCAGCCUGCCUCCGUAAGGGUGUCGAUUCUCAAGCUGGAACAUUGGAGGAAAAAAAGAUACUGUAUUUUACCCACAAAACAGCCCAAAAACAAACGGAUGUGCUUCAGAAAACGAAACGGCUACCGCCCUCCAGAUCAUUUUCAUGCCAAAAUUAGUCAAAAGGGAAGUAGGAGAUUUUGGCCAUAGCAGACUCAGCAGUGCCUUUAGUUCCCUACGUAGUCACAAACCCCUCUCCAGAAGACCUAGUAGAGGUUAGCUGACAGUCCAGAGAUAUUUAUCUACCCCACAAAACCUGCAGCCAUGAGAGGUCCGCGGCCUGCGGGGGGAUGACAUGCAUGUGUCCAGGCAUUUAACAUCAUUGAGGAUUUUAAGACUAGUAGGCUGCCCUCCGCCAAGCCAUGAUGGACAUUCUGUACACAGGCCCUGUCCCGGCAGACCGCGAGUCUCCGAUGACGCGGAGCGAGACGUCCCCCAGCCGCGCCCAGCAUCCCUCCCCCACACAGAAACCCAACACCUGCUGCUUCUGCUGGUGCUGCUGCUGUAGCUGCUCAUGUCUCACUGUUAGGAGUGAAGAUGACAAACGAGGGCGGAGGAAAGCCCAGGACACAAAGCUGGAGCCCUUUCCAUGUGAACCUUGCCCCAAACCGACGAUAGAGGAGAUUAAACAGUGGGCGCAGUCUUUCGAUAAGCUGAUGAAGAACCCGGCGGGGCGGAACAAGUUCCGUGAGUUCCUGCGGACGGAGUACAGCGAGGAGAACAUGCUCUUCUGGCUAGCCUGCGAGGACCUGAAGAAGGAGAUCAACAAGAGUGCCAUCGAGGAGAAGGCGCGUUUGAUCUACGAAGACUACAUCUCCAUCCUCUCGCCCAAAGAGGUGAGUCUGGACUCUCGGGUGAGGGAAGUGAUCAACAGGAAGAUGCAGGAUCCCACCCCUCACAUAUUUGAGGACGCACAGCUGCAGAUCUACACGCUCAUGCACAGAGACUCCUAUCCACGAUUCCUCAACUCCUCCGUCUACAGAUCACUGGUGCAGGGGGGGUCACGCUCUUCGUCCGAGUCAUAGACCCCCAACCCCCUCCUCUUUCUUUCUCUUUCUCACUGUCACCAUCCAGUUUCCCUCCCAUUUCUCUCCAUCUCUCUCCAUUGCACAACCACUCGAGGAGAAAGUACUCCUUUUUUGUGUCGUCACAGUUGGAUUACCAUUUUUUUUUGCUUACUCCAUGCCAUUUUUUUGAGGGAAUCCCUCAUUUGGUGUUUCUCCUGAAUCUGCACAGACUGAAACUGGAAGACACAGGGUUUGAAAAUGCAGUUUUCAUUUUUCGAAUCUUCGUUUUUCCCUCCCGUACCAUCAUUCCAAGCAUACGUGGCAGAAGCAGCAUCAACAACUACUGAUUUUCACAGCCAUCUUUUUUUUUUCACGCAAACAUGCUUCACGAUUUUUGUCUCCUGAUGUCUCUAGUUGAAGAGAGAUGAGAGGGCCUCUGCAAUAACAUACACUGGAGUGGCCUGACCAAUUUACUCCUCUCUUCUGACCCCUGACCUGUCCACUGUCUCUGUGCUCUGAUUGGCUCUUUGAGGCGAGGGGUCGAGAGGUGAUUGGCUGCAUCGUAAAGAGAGGAAUGGCACUUUUUCAGAUGUGCUAAACAAAUAGGUACAAAACUAUUUACACCCUAUUAAGAAUCAAUUUUCAGGCCCAGACGGAAUUUUCCAGAUUUUCUGCACUGAUUUUUUUGAGGGAAAAUCUGCGUAAUGGAUGUAAGUGUUAUCAAAAUAGCCAAAAUAUUUACUAAACAUAAAGACAAUUGUGAGGGCAUAACUAUUAUGUUGGAGAUGUACAGAUUUCGUGUGGGCCUGUUGAUUUCAAACAAAGGUUAUCGGUAACAUAGGAGCAAAAAAAAAAAGAGGGCCAUUUUUAGAGAUAUUAAAUGAAACAAACAUAAGAGAGAUGAGCGAAUGCCAUGGUCUUAAUUAGACUGGUCACUCACAUUUUAAAAUAAGUAUUUUUAAUGUUAUUUAUUUUGUUAAACUGUGACCUGAUUUGUUUUUCUUGUACAUAUAUUAAAAAUCUGGAACAUAUGCGACACAACGAGCAAGUUGUUAGUCUUGAGUGCUCAAUUGCGCUGUAUCUCUCUGGCCUCACUGUGUGUGAGUGUGUGUUUGUGUGUGUGAAAAUUUCUGAGGUUGUACGGUGUGAAAAAUCACAAGUCUCUCUGGCGCCUCCCGUAGGCGGUUUCAGGUACUGCAGUUUUGCGAGCUGUUUCUCAGUGUUCCCGCCUUUUCGUUAGGCAAAAGCAGACGAUCUUAGUCAACAUGAAAUCAAAAUUGUAGAAUAGUUUGUUUUGGUAAAUGUGAAAAAAUUGCUCCGCCUCUCAAACUAUCUUUUUAAAUUCAUUGCAAAAGUAACUGAACCCUGAUUUAUGUUGUUGUAAUAAGUGUUACAGCAAUAAUAGCAGGUUUGAAUUGAAUUCAUAACUUGUCAUCACAGUCUCUUUUUCACUCAGUAUACAUGUUUAAGAGAAUAUUUCUUAAAUUAUUUGUCAGCGUUAGCGAAUAAGAUUGCAUUGCACAGGUUUUGUACAGAAAACUUUAAAAAAGAAGCCAUGAGCUGCUGUAAAACCAUUUAAAAUAUUUCACUGGUCUAAUACACUUUUUUACGUUUAAUGCUCAGUGUUACACAUUUUAGCACUUGUGCUAAAACUUAUUUUCUUUACAGAUGCCUUCAACCCACUCGAUUUCGAACGUAAAAUGAAUUUUUGGAGAACUGAUGUUAACACUGUGAGCUUCGCUACUGCUCAAAACUUAUGUAUCACAAAAUAUUCCAUACAUUUCAUAAUGUGAAUCUGAAACCAAUCAGUGCUGUGCGAGUGGGUUCACAAUAAUAGAGACAUUUUGUUAUGCAGUUAAUGUUUUUAUAUCUUUCCCUAAACGUUCUCCUUCCUUUAGUCUUUUUAGUUUUAGUUGAGCAUUUCGGAUCUUUCAUUUCACAUUGAAAUGAGGUAAAUCAUCCACAUCCGCUUGGUACUUCCUGGUACUUUCAGGAUUUGGUUCUUUGUAAAUAUAUAUACGUACAGCAAAUAAAUGUAUAAUGAAUUACGGACUCUAAAGAAGUGAGAUUUCGAGAGUCACGUGGCAACUUAGAGGAAUUUCAUGUACUGUAGUACUAAAAAACAAAACAAACUAAAAGAAAAAAACAACUGAUGCCUUUAUUUUGCUUUUUUUCUCCAUCAGUUGUGCAUGAAGAUGUACAUUUUGGAAUACGUGUGUAAAAUAGUUGUGUAUAUGGUUAUAUAUGUACAUGAACAUAUAUUUAGUAUUGCUCUUAUUGUCCGACAUGAUGUGACCAGUCUAACUUAAGCCAGAUGAGAGAGUGUGUGUGUGUGUGUGUGUGUGAUUAAAGUUAAGUGAAUUUUCUUAAGACAAUGGGAGAGAGAUGUCAAUGUCAUUGUGGCCUUUGACAGCAAACACUCGAUUACACAGGGAUAUGCACAGUAACGCACCAUCCCGCUCUUUAAAGACACACUCAAAGAGGGAAGCUUGCUGGUGGACCUCUUGACGUUUCACGUGCACUUUGCGUUCACACUGAAAGCGAUUAAGAGGACACUGUACUGUACUGUAUCAGCUGAUCACAUGAGCUCAACUGUAUUCACUCCUAACGAUAGUCGCAGUUUAUACAUGUUGAAUGCGGCUCAGCUGUCGCUCAUGUUGCCUCAAAUUGUCAACUCACAUUGAAACUUCAGUUUGCUUUGAAAAUCGCUGUCAGUGUGAAUACUUUGUAACUAAUGCGAUGCAACAAAAUUACACUUUCCUGUUAUCAACAUCACUACUGCAAAAAGAAAAUUUGAGUUCAAUAAUGUAACCUGGAUUUGCCAUUUGUUAAACUAAUAUUAACAUUUAAUUUAAAUGUGUUAUAAUUUUCCAGUCUUAAAAAUGCAUUUAAAAUUGUAAACAUUUAAAUGUGCAAUUUGCAAAUUUUAAAAUUUAUGCUUAAAAUUUUGGCCUAAAACCGAUAAGCUGGUAAAUAUUAUUUGACCAAUAUUACAAUUUUACACUGUUUUGUCCAAAUAUAUUGAAAUGAAAACAAUAAAAUCUUUUAAAUUGUAAAAUUUAACAUUUUAAAAGCAACAAAUGAUUUUAGGCAUUACAGUAUUAUAAUGUACAGUUUAAAAAAAUGGUAAUUCAUUAAUUCUUUGCUGAAUGUUACAUUUUACUAUUUAUUUACAAAUUAUUGCAGAUUAUUAGUAUUUUUAAAGAUCAAAUUUAAGUGAGUGUUAGGUGAUGGUGAAGGUAGUCUACACAAAAAUAUUUAGGCUUAAAUUUAAGAUUUAUUUAUUUGAAUUUCAUAUUCAGUAUCCAUUUGGAUUACACAGGUAAAACAUAAACUAUUGAUCUUAAUCUGAUGCGUAUUUGUCAGUCAUACAUAAAUGGAACAAGUAAAAUUUUUGCACUCAAAUAAAUAAAUAAAUAAACAUAAAGUGAGUAAAUGAAUGAAUGAAUGAAUGAAUGAAUGAAUAAAGCCGGAUUUUGUGCUAAAGGUUACAUUUUAAUAAUAUUUGCAAAUUAUUACAAAUUAUUAGAAUUUGAAAAAUGAAAUUUAAGUGAGUGUUUAUUUGAACUUCAUAUUUAGUAUCCAUACAUUUUGAUUACACUUUUAAAAUAUAAACUAUUAAUCUUAAUGUGAUGCAUAUUUGUCAGUCAUAAAAAAGGUAAGAAAUCAGGUAAGAUUUCUGCCCACAAAAAAUCAAUUAAUACAGUAAAUAAAUGAAUGAAUGAAUGAAUAAAUAAAUCAUACCAUAGUUUAUUAUUAACUAUUUGCAUCUACUUAAUUUUUAAAUAAUUACACUACCAGUCAAAAGUUUAUAUAUAUAUAUAUAUAUAUAUAUAUUUUUUGUAAAUAUAUUUUUACUAUUUAAAAUAACUGUUUUCUAUUUGAAUAUGUUUUAAAAUGUAAUUUAUUCCUGUGCUUUCAAAGCUGAAUUUUAAGCAUCAUUGGUCCAGUCACAUGAUCCUUCAGAAAUCAUGUAUCUGAAAUCUUUUGUAACAUUAUAAAUGUCUUUAUCAUCACUUUUGAUCAAUUUAAAGCAUCCUUGCUAAAUAUUAAUUUCUAUAUUUUCUUUCCAACAAAAAAAAAAAAAAAAGCUGACACAAAGCUUUUGAAUGGUAUAGAGUAUAAUGUUACAAAAGCUUUUUUAUAUCAGAUAAAUGCUGAUCUUUGAAUCUUUCUAUUCAUCAACGAAUCCUGAAAAUAUUAAUAUAUAAUGAUAAUAAAAAAUGUUUCUUGAACAGCAAAUCAGCAUAUUAGAAUAGAUUACUGAAGGAUCACGUGACACUGAAGACUGGAGUAAUGAUGCAGAAAUUGCAGCUUUGAUCACACGAAUAAAUUACAUUUUAAAAUAUAUCCGAAUCGAAAGCAGUUAUUUUAAAUAGUAAAAAAAAAAAAAAGUCACAAUAUUACUGCUUUUGUUGUAUUAUGAAUCACAUAAAUACAGGCUUGGUAAGCAGAAAAGACUUAUUUGAAAAAAGUUAAAAAUCUUACUGUUCAAAAACUUUUGACUGGUAGUGUAGAUUUACAAAAUUAUUUUUGAAACUGCUUGAAAUCAGCAUUAAUGUGUUCACUCUGAAAACAAAUUUAUUUAUAAAUGUAUAAAAUUAUUUUUUACAAGCAAUAUUCAGCAAGUUAAAAUGUUGAAACAAUUAGGAUUUAUUGAUGAUAAAUAUAUAUGCCCGUUUCAUUUAUGUAUGACUGACAAUAAUGCAUCACAUUAAUGUUUAUGCCAAAACUAUGUAAUCCAAAUACUUGAAUCUUAAAUUUAGGCCUUAUAUUAGUGUGUGUAUAUGUAAAAAUAGGUGAAAUGAGCAGCACAAUUAAAUAUAAAAUCUCUAAUAUUGACCAAUAACCAAUAUGCUACCAAUAGAAAAAUGAACGGACACAUAUUCGUUAAUGAUAAUAGGUGCGUUUGACUUUGUUGUAUCGCUUGCCAACAACUGUCCUCAUCCUCUUUCAACGGCUGCAUGGGA